UAGAGAGUGCCAGGAGUCCCUGGCAACAUCCUGCAGCUUUUGAAACCUGAGGGGAAAGACUGUGUCAUCAGCCAUUAGUGGAGGAGAGUGCCUAUGCAUCAGGAAGAGCAGGCUCUCCAGAUGAACACGUCUCUCCAGUCCACAGAAGAACCCUUAGAUAAGAAAGAUGACAAAUUGCAAAACCAGGAAGAGGAGCUGGAGUUUAAGGAACUGGAUGGUCUGAAGGAAGCCUUGGCAAACCUCCGGGGACUGUCUGAGGAAGAGAAGAGUGAGAAGGCGAUGCUUCGCUCCCGCAUCCAAGAGCAGUCCCAGCUCAUCUGCAUCCUGAAACGGAGGUCAGAUGAGGCCCUGGAGCGCUGCCAAAUCCUGGAGCUGCUCAACACAGAGCUGGAGGAGAAGAGGAUGGAGGAGGCUGAGAAGCUGAAGGCCCAGACUGAGCAGGCCCAGAAGGUGGAGGAACGCUUUAUGACUCUGGCAGCCAACCACGAGUUAAUGAUCCGCUUCAAGGAUGAGCAUAAGCAGCAGAAUGUCAAGCUGAGGGAGGAGAAUGAAAAGCUGAGACUGGAGAACAGCAACCUCUUCAGCCAGGCUCUAAAGGACCAGGAGGCCAAAGUAUUGCAGCUCACCACCCGAAGUGAGAUCCUCGCCAAGGAACUGGAGACCUUGAAACAGAGGUGUGUUCAGGAUGCCAGCCAGGCACAGGCCCGAGAGAAGGAGCUGCUGGAGCUGCAGAGCCAGCAGGCCUGCAUCCACACCAAGGAGACAGAGCAGCUGCACAGCCAGCUGCAGAGCCUCAAGCAGCAGCACCAGGAGGCUGUGGAGCAGAUGGCAAAGGCUGAGGAGGCACAUAGCAGCCUGAGCCAGGAGCUGCAGACCAGGCUGCAGACCGUCACCCACGAGAAAGAGGAGCUGCUGCAGCUGUCCAUGGAGAGGGGCAAGGUGCUUCAGAGCAAGCAAGCAGAGAUCCGACAGCUUGAGGAGAAGCUGGAAACAGCAGAUAUGGCCAGGAGGCAUGCCCUAGAGCGGUUUGAGCAAGAGGCAGUGGCCGUGGACAGCAACUUGAGAGUCCGAGAGCUUCAGCGCAGGGUGAAUGAAAUCCAGAAGGCCUAUGAUGAACUCAGGCUGCAGUCUGAAGCCUUUAAAAAGCACAGCCUGGAUCUUUUAAGCAAGGAGAGAGAACUCAACGCCAAACUCCGUCAUCUCUUUCCAUAAGGAAGCUUCUGCUUCCUCUGGCCUCUCAUUUAGAAUGUGAAUAUUUGUGCCUUAACCUUAUGUCAAGAGUAAAAAAUGAUAUUGUAUUUAUUAUAAUUUUAAGCACAAAAGGCAACUCAAAAGCUACUUUACUAUGA